AUGACCAGCUCUGAAAAUCUCCGCGUCGCCGCUGGCAUUUCUCUUCCUGUCGAUGUCGACAAGGACAACCCGGCCUCGUUUCUCUCAGUUCCGGAUUCCGACGAGCUUGUCACCCUCAAAUCUGGCGGAGAAUGCUUCACCUUUAGCAAGCCCGAGCUGGUCAAAGACUCGGAAUACUUCAGAGCAUGCCUCAGCAAUCCUGCCUUCAUUGAGAGCAGAACUUCCACCAUCGAAUUUUACGAUAUCGUGCCAGAGGUUCUCGAAGGCUACCUCCACAUCGUUAAUGCUACGGCUACUGGCAAACCCAUCGAAACAGCGUUCAUCUUGGCUAGCAGCGAAAAGCCUAGUGAAGCUUCAGCUGGUCUCAUCUUCAUGAUCAAGGUUUACAGAUUGUGCGACCGAUUCUUGAACCAAGUCAUCAUUAAUGAACUGGGCCAGUUCAUUGUGAAGUACAUCCAGGAAGUUAUGAUUGCCAAGGUGGACAGGUCGACCCCGGAGGGAGUCAAAUGGCUGGUGAACACAUACAAGAACGCCUAUAAUGCCUUGGAUUCGAGCAACACCGAUCAGGCAAGUCUCCAAUUCCGGAUUGCAGACACCUGCGGUCGUACAAUUGCCUUGGAUGAAAUCUACGACGUUGCCGACACCUCCUCCCAGAGCAAAGAUUUCGUCAAGGCCGUGCUCUCGGCCUCAUCCCGACGCACCGUUAAACUGUCGCACAAGGUGUGUGCUCUCCAGAAGGAUAAGAAAAUCCUCAAAAAGAAGCGGGUCGACCUCAAAAGAAAGAAUAAAGCACAGGCUUGGGACAUUUUAGAGCUUCUGUUGACAAUGCGCAAUUACGCAGCAGCAUUAAACCACAUCCGCAAAAUCUCUCCUAUUAUCGAGCCUGACUCUGACUCUGACGAGGAAGAUGACGAAGAUGACGAAGAUGGCGAUGAUGGCAUGAAUGAAGAUGAAGCUCAUCACUCGGAUAUUGACUGA